CCAAGGGUCCCGGAGCAAGGGUAGGGAUGGGGCGUAGGUGGCGAAGACGACGCAUCUUAACGCGAAAUAGGCCAUGGACUUGGAUCUGCCAAAUGAAUAGAAUGCCUCUGACAUUCAAACAUAAAUGCCUCAGCUCACCGAAGCGUUCGCCUCCAUUGAAGGUCGCAGAUGAUUCUUGGCAUAUUCGCAGGAAACACUUUGUGUAAGUGGACAGCUCUUGCAUUUCUCCCUUUAUCUUCCUUUCUUCGCAUUUUCGUUUCGUGUUUUUUGACUCGAGUUGACCUGUUCAAUGAACUCCCAACGCAGUCUUCCUGUUCCAGCUAAUUCUUUUCUUAGAAAAAUUCUGAAUUUUGAUUAGUGGGGGUCUUGUAACGUCUUAGUCAACUCAGAUGAAUAAGCACCCAUUUGGUUCAGCUUUGGAAAAUAUCCUUAGAAAAAUGUUUAAGGAGUUUUUCGAAAUACAAAUAGCAUUUGAUGAAUUAUAAUUUUAAAAUGGAUGGGGAUAUAACUUUUGCUUAAAUGUCCCUCGGUAAAAAUUGCAUUUUGUAAAGGACUUUUACUAUUUUUUUUUUUAGUUUAGCCAUUGAUGGCCAAAACAGCUGCUGCUGGCGAUCAGAUUUGAUCGCCGAACGACAUCACCUGAGCAGGUGAUGCCGCCUAGGUCGUGGCGAGGCGAUGCUACUUGAGAUCACGCAGCCCGUGAAAUCACGUGGCCCAAGCAUCGCCUACCUCAUCAUGACCAAGGCAGUGGUGGCCGCCACGCAACCCCAGGCGAGCAUGAGGGUCGAGUACAUGGAACGAGAGAGACGUGAGGCAAAGAGAAACGUGAGUGAAGAGAAAUGGAAGAGGCAUUUAUGAUUUUCGUUUUAUAAAAGGGAAAAAAAAUGGAAUUCACUUAAAAAAUAAGGACAAGAUGGGCAAUUGACAUACUUUUAUUAAACCAACGAAGUAACAUUUCGAAAAUGUUAAAGGCACCUCCAGCUCUCCAUUCCCCUAAAAGCCUUUGGAGUCCUUUGAAGAUGCAAUUGCAUCUUCUCAAAGCCUUCAAAAAAAUAAUCGAAACACAAUUGCAUUUGGCAAAACCCCUUUAGAACCUAAAGCCCCUUUUAAAUGCUGAACCAAAUGAAGCCUCACUCGCCCCCAAAAAAACACACGUCGAUAGAAAAAGCUAAGCCAACCACUUGGUUUCUACCAACUUUCUAAUGGAGACCAAGGUAUGCAAGCUCAAUAAAGACUUGAUUUCUUUUAACGUUGUUGUUUCUCUAAUGUGUUGUUGUAGUCUAGCAUCCUUUGGUUCGAGACAGAAAUCAGCAUAAGGGCGCUCGGAUGAUAUCAACGUUCUCAAGAAUGAUAAUCAAUGUCAAAGGGACGACUAUGGUACGUCCGGCUGAGGACACGCCGAGAUGUACCCUGUGGAAUGCGAAUUUAGACUUGGUGGUCCCGAGCAUGCACACCCCAAGCGUGUACUUCUACCGACCGACUGGAUCAGAUGACUUCUUCGAUUCCGAAGUGCUAAAAGAGGCGCUGAGCAGAGCCUUGGUGCUGUUUUACCCCGUGGCCGGGCGGUUGAAGAGGGACAAAAAUGGCCGAAUCGAGAUCGAUUGCAAUGCCGAGGGCGUGCUGUUUGUUGAGGCGGAGACAAGCUCGGUGGUCGAUGAUUUAGGGGAUUUCGCGACUUUGGAGCUCCGAAAGCUUAUUCCGGCUGUGAAUUACUCUAGUGGGAUAUCCUCGGACCCUCUUUUGGUGCUACAGGUUACGUACUUCAAGUGUGGGGGAGUUUCGCUUGGUGUUGGAAUGCAGCACCAUGUGACCGAUGGUUUUUCUGGUCUACACUUUGUGAACACAUGGUCUGAUCUGGCUCGUGGACUUGACGUCAAGCUCCCUCCAUUUAUCGACCGGACCCUUCUGCGCUCCCAUAGCCCACCACGGCCUCAAUUCCCUCAUAUCGAAUACCAGUCUCCACCUGCAUUGCGAGUUUCUCCUGAAACUACUAAUUCAGCUUCAGAUAGCUCUACUGUUUCUAUUUUAAAAGUUACUCGGGAACAGUUAGACGCCCUAAAGACACAGGCAGAAUUAGAAAAUGGAAACACCACUCGGUAUACUUCCUAUGAAAUCUUGGCAGGUCAUGUCUGGCGAUGUGCGUGCAGAGCACGCGGACUUUCUGAUGAUCAAGACACUAAAUUGUCCAUUGCAAUAGAUGGACGGAUGAGAUUGUCUCCACCACUUCCGCAGGGUUAUUUUGGCAAUGGGAUCUUUACAAUCACACCAAUUGCUGUUGCAGGCGAUCUCAUAUCAAAACCAGUAUUGUAUGCUGCACAGAAGAUCCAUGAGUCAUUGGCGAGAGCGAAUGACGAUUACCUAAGAUCUGCCCUUGAUUACUUGGAGCUCCAGCCUGAUCUCUCAGCACUGGCUCGCGGGGCGCAUACUUUUAGGUGUCCAAAUCUGGGCAUUACUAGUUGGGUUAGGUUGCCCAUCCAUGACGCAGACUUUGGUUGGGGCCGCCCUAUCUACAUGGGGCCAGGCAGGAUUGCAUAUGAGGGAUUAUCAUACAUAUUGCCUAGCCCAACCAGUGAUGGGAGCUUGUCUGUUGCUAUCUCACUGCAAACAGAGCACAUGAAACCGUUUGAGAAAUUCUUCUACGACCUCCCUGGUGAGUCACCAUGAAAAAGGUGCAAGCUUGACGACUGAACGGUCAGUUUCUAAUACCGAUAGAGAAGAACUUUCUUCUUUCCUUUUAUCUAGUUUCCUCAAAGAAAUCUUUUGCGCAUGUUAUUCAUUUGUCAUGCAUAAGUGCACCAAUGCAGCUCUAUGCCGCGAUGGGAUCGGGUGCAUCGCACAGUACUCAGAGAAUUUGUUUGAAGUUCAAUUUAUAAUAUAUAGCUAGAUAUGCUUUUCUGCUUUUGA